UUUUCUCCUUUAAUAUUGACUUUCUAGCUCCAUCUAGUAAUGUUUAGGAGAGACUUAUAUGUCGCCUUACUCCAUUGACGUGUUCCAGUAUCUAAUUAGGCGCGAAAUCCCUAAGCGAGGCGUUUUACCAUUGCCUUGCGCCUAGACGUACCUAAGUGUAAGGUUAAGCGUGCCUUUUUGAACCAUGGAUAACAGGCAAAGCAAACGCACCACCCGCGGAAGAGAAGAAUCUCGUUCCAUAAUCCAACCACACAUAUCCACCACCGAUUCAAUCCAACCCGAAAACAAAUAUGAAUGAAUAGCAAAUCAUUAUUAUACCAACUCACUAAUAAACAACUCAUUUAGUUUAAAAUCAAAACCCACCCGCCACUAAAGUUCCUCCCAUACAAGAAAAAUAGGGUAAAUACAAUUUAAUAUCCAAACCUUUCAUUUUAAACAAUAUAAUAGCCAAACCUUUUCGAAAGCAAUCUAAUAUCCAAAUCGUCGACUUUUCGUUCGUUUGACCGUUAGUUGACACUUCAAAAAAGCUUUGUUUAGGGGAAAUUGUCACAAUACAACUUUGUUUCUUGUUUUGGCAUUGCAGAUGACUGAAUAUUUAGAUAUUCUAUACCAUCAUGGUGGAGUCAUGGACUUCUCGGGUUAGGAACUACGACAUGUUGGUGGUUUUUCAGAGAAGAUAUCGAUGGAUAUUGAUGAAGUGUCGUACUUCGAACUUUUUUGAAGUGUCAACUAACGGUCAAACAGAUAGAAAGUUGACGAUUUGGAUAUUAGAUUGUUUUCGAAAAGGUUUGGCUAUUAUAUUGUUUAAAAUAAAAGGUUUGGAUAUUAAAUUGUAUUUACCCAGAAAAAUAAGAAUGAAAAUGACUAAAUGAAGGGCCCCCCCUAACCGAGGGGUAGUUUCGGGAAAUUAAGGAGAAAUCUUGCCACUCUGUGAAACUCCGCCUUCUCCGCUCCUGCAGGGCUGAAGCGAAGGCCAGAUCAGGGAGGGAAAUUGACUCUUUAUCUCUUUUUCUUCUCUUCUCUUCUCUUCUUCUUCCUAUAAAUACGGAGCCACCGCCGCUCUCUCUGAAACAAGCCCCUAGGCGAUUGGCGGCUGUGGCGCGUAAAAAAACAAACAAAAAACAGCCGACUAAUUCUCGCCCAGAGUAUGGGAGCUGAAGGAUUGCCUCGGCCGGCCACCACGAACGGUGAGAUUGCGCCUCAUCAUCAUCCUCCUGAAAUUCUGGGCCUUCAGCCGGCGGCGCUCAUCGACCACGUGGCUCGGGUCGAUUUGUCGUUGCUGGAUCGAAUCCCCGGCGACCGCGGCGGCUCUAUUCCAGUUGCAGUGGAAGAGCUGGAGGGUAUUUUGAAGGAGGUCAAGACUCACGUGCUUGCAUCUCCUGAUGGUUCUUCCGUUGCAAAGACAAUUGCUGGAGGCAGCGUGGCAAAUACUAUUCGUGGACUGAGUGCCGGUUUCGGAUUGUCUUGUGGGAUCAUUGGGGCUUGUGGGGAUGAUGAUCAAGGCAGGCUGUUUGUUAGCAACAUGACCUUUCAUGGAAUUAACAUUUCAAGGUUGAGGUCCAAGAAAGGAUUUACUGCUCAGUGUGUUUGCCUAGUUGAUGAGCUUGGAAAUCGGACAAUGAGACCUUGCCUUUCAAACGCUGUCAAAGUUCAGGGUGAGGAAUUAGUCAAGGAUGACUUCAUGGGCUCCAAGUGGCUGGUAAUGCGGUAUUCCAUAUUCAAUUUGGAAGUUAUCAAAGCUGCUAUCAAGGUUGCAAAGCAAGAGGGUGUUUCCGUUUCAUUGGAUUUAGCUAGUUUUGAGAUGGUCCGGAACCAUAGAGUUCCUCUGAUGGAGUUACUUCUAUCAGGAGAUGUAGACCUCUGCUUUGCUAAUGAGGACGAAGCUACAGAGCUUCUGAGAGGCGAGGCAAAUGCUGAUCAUGAAGCUGCCCUUGAAUUCCUGGCCAAACACUGCCGGUGGGCUGUAGUCACCCUGGGUGCAAAUGGCUGCCUUGCAAAGCACGGAAAGGAGGUGGUUCGAGUUCCAGCCAUUGGAGAAUCGAAGGCAGUAGAUGCUACCGGUGCAGGGGACCUUUUCGCGAGCGGGUUCUUGUAUGGUCUGACCAAAGGAUUGAGCCUCGAGGAAUGCUGUAAAUUUGGUUCGUGCAGUGGCGGUUCUGUGAUCCGAUCUCUAGGUGGUGAAGUGACUCCAGAGAAUUGGCAGUGGGCGUACAAGCAAAUGCAGGCCAAGGGCCUCCCCAUCCCUGAAAUCCGAAAUUGAUUCCGAGGUUAACAGAUAGCCUUACCAAAUAUCUUAUGAGCCAUAGUCUGUUCAGGUCAAUUUGUUCGAUAUGGAAGCUUGCAGUAACAAUGGAGGAGGCUGCUGUUUAUUGUUGGUAUUUUGGGGGUAUGGGUUGUUAACUAUUCGAAUGCUGAAAUGUGAAAUCUUUCUCUCUUAUCAAAGAUGUUUUCCAAGUUCAUAGUAUAGAAAGAUUUCAUUCCAUAUGAACUCAAGCCUACUAGUUGAUUCUUAACUGAAAGCUUUCGAAGUAUGUGAUUCCACAUGAGUACACGUCAAAUGUAGUGCAGAAUCAGUGGCUAAUACAUAUGAGUCCAAGUGGAUACUUCCAUGGAUGUAGAAACAAAAGCUACGUACAAAAUGAUGCAGCGCCACUAUGAGCCGACCAGCAAUUUGUUUAUGGCAAGGCCUGGAGAAAGAACAAGAAAAGACUCCAAAGUUC